AUACAUAUAAAACGCCACCUAUAUAUUCCUUUUCUUCGUCUGCUCCGCCUUUCUUUUAUUACUCUCUCCAUCUUUCUCUCAAUCGGCCGAUUUAACGAGUUGCUGUAACCAUGUCGGACGAGGAGCACCAUUUCGAGUCUAAGGCCGAUGCCGGAGCCUCCAAAACUUACCCUCAGCAAGCCGGUACCAUCCGUAAGAACGGCUACAUCGUCAUUAAGAACCGUCCUUGCAAGGUUGUGGAAGUUUCCACCUCCAAGACUGGCAAGCACGGUCAUGCUAAGUGUCACUUUGUUGGAAUUGAUAUCUUCAAUGGAAAGAAGCUUGAAGAUAUUGUCCCCUCGUCUCACAACUGUGAUGUUCCCCAUGUCAAUCGUACUGACUACCAGCUGAUUGAUAUUUCUGAGGACGGAUUUGUGAGUUUGCUUACUGAAAAUGGGAACACUAAGGAUGAUCUUAGGCUCCCAACUGAUGAUAGUCUGCUGAGCCAGAUCAAGGAAGGAUUUGAAUCAGGGAAGGAUUUGGUUGUGAGCGUGAUGUCUGCUAUGGGUGAGGAGCAGAUCUGUGCCCUGAAGGACAUUGGCCCUAAGAAUUAGUUUUACCAUCUCUGUCAUUGUUAUGUUUGGUCUUCUAUGUUUUCUGAAAAAAAAAAAAAAAAAAGAAAGAAAGAAAGAAAGAAAGAGAGAAAUUCUGAUCAUCUAGAUUUUGCAUUUUAUAUUUGAAAAUGUUGUGUUAUGUUGUGGGAAAACCGUAGCCUGCUUGGAAUAUGUGGUAGUGCAUUUGUGAUGGGUGGGUAAUUGGUUGCACCUUGUUAAAAAAAUUAUGGUGUUUUAAUUUGUGUAAUGAAUUAAAAUAUCAGUGAGAAAUGGUUCUUUGGCUUUCA